AUGCGUAACAAAAGGAUCGUUAGCACAUUGCUUUUGAAGGAAUUAGAGUAUCAUGGGGUUAGGGUCAAGCGCAUUAGUAGAAGGAUGGCGGUGACGGAGUCGGCGGCGGAUAGGGUUUCGCCCGGAGGACCGGAUCCGGAGCACCAUUGA